AUGUAAGAAUCAGAUAUUGAAUCUCAAUUUUUAUAUUAAUCGAUUGUUUAACAAUAGGAAAGUGUAGAUGAGAAGCAAAUAUUGGUGAGUAGAUUGACUGAAACAAAUCAAAUUUAAGAUGAAUCAGUUUAAAUCAAUUUAGAUUCUGAGAUUAUCACUUAAUUAGGGGAAGAAAUAAUGGAGUUGCAGAAAAAAAAUCAAUAUUUAAGUGAUCAAAUUAAUGAAAGAGAUAAUUAGAUUGCUUCAUUAAAAGAGAGAAUGUAAAGAUAAACAUAGUUGAAUGAGACAUAUCAAAUUGCUGAAGUGUAACUAAAACAAUAAAUUGAAGAAUUAAAGAAGAAAAUAAUAGAACUAUAAGAGUAAAAAACUUCAUUACCUCCUUAAUUGUAAAAUGUAUCUAAGCUUAAUUUGGAUUUCAGUUGGGUCAAUCAUAUGGAAAGAGAUCUUUCUCAUGAUGGUUUAUUAGAACGAUAUGAUCGUUAUAAAUCCAAUAAGCGUCUAGCUCCAAUUUAAAUUAAACCAUAUUCAGAGAAAUUUAGAUAUAACAAUCAAUAAUACAGUCCAUACUUCGAAUAAUUAACAGAGAGAACCUAAAAUACUCAAAGGAAAAGAUUCAAUUAAAAUAAAUAAUGA